CUCUCCCUCUCCAGAGAAUCUGCCCGUCUGCUAGCACUCGCCUUUCGAUCUGUCGUUUUCUCGGUGUGUCAGGUGUGUCUGUGUGUGUGCUGUGUGUGUCCACGUCUCUUUGGACCAUGUGUGAGUGUCUGCGUGGGAUUUUCAGAGUCACCUGGACGCCCUCUUCCAAUGCAGACUCUGACAGAGAAGAGGACAGCCAUGCUUCCACCCGGCCCAGAGAGCCAGCCGUAAGAGACAAGAGACGGCCACCCCCCUCAGACAGGCCCCCAGGUGCUCCCGGUGCCCCCCAGACCAGCCCACACCACAGCGCCUCCUGCGACGACCAAGAGAGCCCCGAGAGGGUGGUCCAGAAGGAGAAGCUCCAUGCAGAGCUGAAGCAGGUGCUCAGCCUUAAGAGAAGCCACCUGAGUGAGUCGUGUUCCCUGGCCCAGCCUAAGAUGGACGCAUCUGUGGAGACCCAGACGGUGCUGGUGGAGGUGGUGGAGCAGCUGGUGGAGGUGGUGGUGGAGACGGAGGCGGAGGCCGGCGCGAGCGGCUACAGUGUGACGGGAGGAGGAACCAGGGGAAUCUUCGUAAAGGAUGUACUGAAAGACUCACCGGCAGCCAAGCAUCUCAGCCUCCAGCAAGGAGACCAGCUGCUGAGCGCUAGGGUUUACUUUGACAAUGUGAAGUAUGAGGACGCCCUGAAGAUCCUGCAGUGUGCUGAGCCUUACAAGGUCUCCUUCCUGCUGAAGAGAACCAUACCUGGGGUCGAUGUCACCGCCCACCCAGGGGCCACCAAUGUCGAGCUCAAAGGACCCAAGGUCAAGAUGCCCAAAAUGAGCGUCAAGAGCAUCAAACCUUUCAAGGUGAAGAAGAAGAGAGGAGGACGGUUCGGGUUGAAAAGGCUUAAGGAGAAGAAGGGGAGGGCAGGGGAGGUGGAGGUGGAGGGGUCUCCCCCCCGCCAUGUUGACGUGGAGUUUGCCCUGCCCAAGUUCAAACCCCAACGAGACGGGAAGGAGAGUGUGGAGGGAGCAGGUGAGCUCGGAGGAGAGGUAGCCAUGAUGAGGAAAAAGAAGAAGAUCAGGUUUCCUCGGAUGAGAGUGAAGGGUUCUGCUGCGGCAAGUGGGGGAGUAGAGACCUCGCAGCUUGAAGGAACAGCUGACAUCGCCUCGCCUGAGGUCUCUGGAGCCAAAGUCAAGGCCAAAGGAAAAGGCCACAGGUUUGGAAUUAACUUCCCCAAAACCAAAAAGAUGAAAUCAGACCCCGGCAUGGCAGAGGGAUCCCUGGAUCUGAAAACGCCUGAAGCCAAAGUCAAGCCGCCCUCGGUCGAGUUUGGCUUCUCGUCUGGAAAUAAGGAUGUUGACCUGCCUAAACUGGAGGUGAAGGGGAAGGAAGGCAUCACGUUUCAACCCCCUGAGCUUGAGUUCUCACUCCCCUCUGGGAAAGCAGAUGUCUCUCUGCCCAGCGUCGAAUGCAAAGGAGCAGUGAAGGGUCCGAAGAUUAACGUCAAAGGAGACAGUGAGGAUACUAAAUUAAGGAUGCCAAAACUGAAAUUACCUAAAGUCAGGCUUUCGCGUAUUUCUGAUGAGACUGAUGGAGACAUGAAAAUAAAAGCUGAAGGUCCAGAGAAGAAAGGUGGGCUGAAAAUGCCCGCAAUUGAUAUAGCAGCUCCUACAGUAGAUGUGGACUUUGCUCUGCCCAAAGGGAAGGGAGGGGUCGAGGGUGAGCUAAGGGCCCCUGAAGGAAAGCUGAAACACAGGGAGGGCAUGAAGGGUGGCAUAGAUGUCUCUUUACCUCAGGUGGCCUUCACAGGCCCUAAAAUAGAGGGAACUGAGGCAUCCGGGAAAGGUCCCAAGUUCAAAGUUCCAUCUGUGGACAUCUCUCUCCCGAAAGGUUCAGCGGAGGUCUCACUGCCUGAUUAUGAGACGAAGGAGUACUCUGGCCGUAAAAUGCCUGCUAUCGACAUAGACGUACCUGAUGUGGAUCUGGAACUGCACACUGGAAUUAAGGUGUCAGAUGAAGUUGAAGGACCUAGUUUCAAAGGGCCAAGUAUCACCAUGCCCGAAGUAAACAUCUCUUUACCAAAGAUAGGGUCACCAGAUGUGGAAUUUGAGGGACCGGAGAUAGGAAGGAAAAUGGACCUACCGAGUGUUGACAUCUCCUUCCCCAAGAUGAAAUCGGGAGAGACUGAUGUUGAUAUGAAGGAGUUUGUAGGUGGAGAGGGAAAGUUCAAAAUGCCCAACUUCGAUUUUAGUCUUCCAAAGAUUAAAUCACCAGAAGGGGGUGUGGAGUUGGAAGAACCCGAAAUCAAAGGGGGCUUCCACAUGCCCAAAGUAGACCUUUCAUUUCCCAAAGGUAAAACUGGAGCUGAUGUAGACAUUGAAGGUCACAACGGCAAAGGAGGAGGCAAGUUCAAAAUGCCCUCGUUUGAUGUUUCGCUCCCAAGUCUGAAGGCAUCCGGAGGGGAUGUCAAUGUGAAAGGAGCGGAUGUUGGGGGAGGAAAGUUUGACGUCUCAUUACCGAACACAGAGGGAGACAUUGAUAUUGAAGGACCCUCUGGGAAAGGUGGUAAAUUUAAAAUGCCCACAUUUGACAUAUCUAUGCCUAAAGGGAGAGUUGAGGGAGACCUGGACGUGGAUGGACAUUCUGGAAAAGGAGGGGGGAGGUUCAAAAUGCCCUCAUUGGAUGUGUCUCUACCUAGCAUGAAGACCACAGGGGGUGAGGUCGACAUAGAAGGACCUGAGGUGAAGGGAGGAAAAUUUGAGAUGCCCAAUAUAGACUUUUCACUGCCUAAAGGUAAAUCUAAGGGAGAUUACAACAUUGAAGGACAUUCUGGCAAAGGAGGGAAGUUUACAAUGCCAUCCUUAGAUAUUUCGCUUCCCAAAAUGAAACUCCCAGAGGGGAAUGUUGACUUUGAGGGCCAAAAUGUAAAAGGGGGCAAGAUCAAUAUGCCUGCAGUAGAUGUAACCUGUCACACAGGAAAGGUUGAGGGUGACAUAAAUAUAGCGGCAGAUACAGGAAAAGGGGGCAAGUUUAACAUGCCCUCCCUUGAUGUAUCUUUACCGAAAAUGAAGUUACCUGGGGGGGAGGGGAAAGUGGAAGGCCCUAAAACAAAGGGAGGCAAGUUUGAGAUGCCCUCGAUUGAUAUUUCUCUUCCGAAAGGAAAGGUUGAAGGAGAUAUUGAAGGACCUUCUGGGAAAGGAGGAAAGUUUAAAAUGCCCACAUUUGAUGUGUCUCUACCCAAGAUUAAGUCAAAAGAUGGAGACGUCAACAUUGAAGGACCUGAGGUUAAAGGAGGCACGUUUGAGAUGCCCUCAAUUGACAUUUCUCUUCCAAAAGGCAAUGUAGAGGGAGACAUUGACCUUGAAGGACCUUCUGGAAAAGGAGGAAAGUUUAAAAUGCCCACAUUUGAUGUGUCUCUACCAAAGAUGAAACUCCCUGAGGGUGAAGUCAACAUUGAAGGACCGGAGGCGAAGGGAGGGAAGUUUAACAUGCCCUCGGUUGACCUUUCACUGCCCAAAGGAAAAGUAGAGGGUGACAUCAAUGUCGAAGGACAGUCUGGAAAAGGAAGCAAGUUUGACAUGCCUUCACUAGAUAUCUCUUUUCCCAAAGUCAAGUUACCAGAGAGUGAGGUCAAGGUUGAAGGCCCUAAAGCGAGAGGAGGAAAAAUCGAGCUGCCCACAAUUGAUUUAUCCCUUCCGAAAGCAAAAGCGGAGGGGGAAAUAAACAUUGAAGGAAAAGGCAAAAAGGGAGGAAAGUUCAAGUUGCCCACUUUUGACAUCUCUCUCCCAAAGAUGAAGUCAAAGGAGAUACACAUCAAGGGUCCUGAAAUCAAAGGUGGCAAGUUAGAAAAGCCCUCGGUUGAUAUUUCCUUGCCCAAAGGGAAAGUUGAAGGAGACAUCAAUGUGGGAGGAGAUGCAGGAGAAGGAGCAGGUGGGAAGUUCAACAUGCCCUCGCUGGAUGUCUCACUUCCUAAAGUCAAGUCACCAGAGGUUGAUGUGAGUCUUGAAGGACCUGAAGUGAAAGGAGGAAAAUUCAAAAUGCCAACUUUGGACGUUUCACUUCCAAAGAUGAAGACCAAAGAUGGGGAGGUCAACGUCGAAGGCCCCGAGGUCAAGGGAGGCAAGUUUCAUCUCCCCUCUGUAGAUAUUUUGCUUCCCAAAACAAAGAGUGACAUAUCUCUUCCCAAAAUGAAGACACCUGAAGGUGAGGUCAACAUUGAAGGUCCCGAGAUAAAGGGAGGAACGUUUAACAUGCCAUCACUAGAUAUAUCACUUCCUAAAGUUGAGUUACCAGAAGGAAAGGUCAAGGUGGAAGGACCUGACACCAGGGGAGGAAAGUUUAAAAUGCCCUCAGUUGAUAUAUCUCUUCCAAAAGGCAAAGUAGAGGGAGACAUUGACCUUGAAGGACCUUCUGGAAAAGGAGGAAAGUUUAAAAUGCCCACGUUUGAUGUGUCUCUACCAAAGAUGAAACUCCCUGAGGGUGAAGUCAACAUUGAAGGACCGGAGGUGAAGGGAGGGAAGUUCCACAUGCCCUCGGUUGACUUUUCACUGCCUAAAGGAAAAAGUGAUAUUGAGAUAGAAGGACCACCUGGAAAAGCAGGAAAAAUCCACUUGCCCACAUUUGACGUAACGCUACCAAAAAUGAAGUCAAAAGAAGUUGACAUUAAUGUUGAAGGCCCCGACGUCAAAGGAGGAAAGUUCCACAUUCCCUCAAUUGACCUUUCAAUGCCUAAAGGAAAAAUGGAGGGUAACAUUGAUGUUAAAGGACCCUCUGGAAAAGGGGGCAAGUUUCACAUGCCCAAACUGGAUGUUUCUUUACCAAAGAUGACAUUUCCUGAGGGCGAUGUCAAAGUAGAAUGCCCAGACGUGAAAGGUGGCAAAAUCAACAUGCCCACUGUUGACAUAUCUCUCCCCAGAGGCAAAGCAGAGGGAGAGAUGGACAUUGAAGGACAUGGUGGCAAAGGAGGCAAGUUCCACAUGCCCUCCCUAGAUAUAUCUCUUCCCAAAGUCAAGUUACCAGAAGGUGAAGUCAAGAUCGAAAGCCCAGAUACCAAAGGAGGGAAGUUUAUGAUGCCCUCCAUCGACAUCUCUCUUCCGAAGGGAAAGACUGAGGGGGGAGUUGACAUUGAAGCACCAUCUGGAAAAGGAGGAAAGUUUAAAAUGCCCACAUUUGAUGUAUCUCUACCCAAGAUGAAGUCCAAAGAUGGUGAGGUUAAAAUUGAAGGGUCUGAGCUGAAAGGAGGUAAGUUUGAGAUGCCUUCAAUUGAUAUAUCUCUUCCCAAAGGUAAAGUGGAGGGAGAAAUUGAUCUUGAAGCACCAUCUGGAAAAGGAGGAAAGUUUAAAAUGCCCACAUUUGAUGUGUCUCUACCCAAGAUGAAGUCAAAAGAUGGAGAGUUUGGCAUUGAAGGACCUGAGGUAAAAGGAGGAAAGUUUGAGAUGCCCUCAAUUGACACUUCCCUUCCGAAAGGAAAAGCUAAUGUUGAUAUUGAAGGUCCAGAAGCUAAAGGAGCUAAAUUCCACAUGCCCGCAGUGGACUUGUCCUUUCCCAAAGGAAAAACCGAUGUGGAAAUUGAAGGACAUUCCGGCAAAGGUGGAAAGUUUAGCAUGCCUACAUUUGACAUCUCACUACCAAAGGCUACAUCUAAAAAAGCUGAGGUCAACAUUGAAGGACCUGAGGUUAACUGUGGCAAGUUUCACAUGCCCUCAAUAGAUAUUUCUCUUCCUAAGGGAAAAGUUGAGGAUGACAUUGACUUGGAAAGGCCUUCUGCAAAAGGAGGCAAGUUCCACAUGCCGAAAUUUGAUAUAUCUCUACCUAAAGUCAAGUUACCAGAGGGCGAGGUCAAGAUAGAAGGCCCAGAGGUCAAAGGAGGCAAGGUUGAAAUGCCCUUGAUUGAUCUUUCACUGCCUAAAGCUAAAGUUGAAGGUGACAUCAACAUUAGGGGAGACACAGGAGCAAAAGGGAAGUUCAACAUGCCCUCGCUGGAUGUCUCACUUCCUAAAGUCAAGUCACCAGAGGUUGAUGUGAGUCUUGAAGGACCUGAAGCAAAAGGAGGAAAAUUCAAAAUGCCAACUUUGGAUAUUUCACUCCCAAAGAUGAAGACCAAAGAUGGGGAGGUCAACAUCGAAGGCCCCAAGUUCAAGGGAGGCAAAUUCGAUCUCCCUUCUGUAGAUAUUUCGCUUCCAAAAGCAAAGGGUGACAUAUCUCUUCCUAAAAUUAAAACACCAGAGGGUGAGGUCAACAUUGAAGGUCCCGAGAUAAAAGGAGGAAAGUUUGAAAUGCCCAAAAUAGAUAUUUCUCUUCCUAAAGGCAAAGCUGAGGGUGGAAUUGACAUUGAAGGACCUUCUGGAAAAGGGGGCAAGUUCCAUAUGCCUACACUAGAUGUCUCACUGCCCAAACCAAAGUUGAAAGAGGGUGAGGUCAACAUUGAAGGCCCUGAGAUCAAGGGGGGUACGUUUGAAAUGCCUACGAUAGACUUCUCACUUCCCAAGAAGAAAGGGCAGGCUGAGAUGGAGCUGGAUGUUGAUUCUACUGGGAAAAAAGGCGGCAAGGGACUACACUUCCCAACAGUUGACAUAAAAGUACCAAAGUUCGACCUUGAUCUGAGCCUUCCAUCUGGCGGUAAAGAUGCCACACUGAAAAGGGACAUAAGUGGCCCUGAUGCUUCUGGUGGUAUUGAUAUGCCUGAUGUCAAUCUAAAGAUGCCAUCCAUGCCAAAGUUUGGACUUAAAGGAGAUGUAAACCUACCAAAGGUGAAAGAUCAGGGCCUGGAUGUGGGGGCAAGCGGAGAAACUACAGGGGGUGCCAUCAAGCUGCCUACAGUCAAACUGCCAACGGUCGAUAUAUCUGCUCCAAAAGUGGACCUGGAUUUCAGCCUGUCCAAACAUAAAGGGGAUAAUCGGGAAGAACUAGAGCUUCUUAAAGCUGAGGGAGGGCGGCCAUCUUCUGGGGCUAGCUUUGAGAUGCCUGACGUUUCCCUUAAAAUACCCAAGUUCUCUAUGCCAAAAUUCGGAGGAAAGUCCAAAAGUGAUAUAGAACUGAGUGGACAUGUCCAAGAGGGAGAUAUGAAACUCAGCCCACCAAAGGUAGAGGUGAAGGGCAGGGUGCCAUCAGUUGAAUUAGACAGUUCAACUAGUCAGGGGAAGGUGAAAAUAAAGGUUAAAAAGCCCAAAAAGAUGUUUGGAAUGACAAAGAAAGAUGCAGACCUUUCUGUGUCUGGCCCUGAGGUGGAUAUCAAGGUCAAGAAAGGAAAAGUGGACCUUCCCAAGCCAGAGGUGAAUGUGGAAGCCCCUGAGGGAAAAUCGAAAUACAAACUUAAAUUCCCAAAGUUUAAAAUGUCAUCUCCCAAAGCAAAAGUAGACGGAGGAGAGAUAGAUGCCUCGCUGGAAGGCGGGGCAGAUGGAAAAGCAGGCUUCCAUGCUCCUGAUGUCACCAUGAAAAUGCCCACGUUUUCCAUGCCUGGAUUUCGUUCAAGGGAGGCUGGUGUUGAUGGGCACAGCGGUGACUUUGAUGGCAAGGGCAAGUUAAAGAUGCCCUCAGUAGGGAUAUCCCUGCCAUCUGCCAACACUUCAGAGAGAGAGGUGUUGCUACCUAAAGCAGAGGUGGAUGUGUCUGAGGCCGAUAUCAGAGGCUACGAAGGAAAUCUGAAAAUUCCUAAGAUGCCGUCAAUAGACAUAUCAGUUCCGGACAUAGAUCUGGAUGUGUCUCUUCCCAAAGUGAAGCAUGACAGCAAAAUUGAGGGAGAAGGAGGAAAAUUCAAAAUGCCCAAGAUUAAAAUGCCUGAUGUUGACCUGUCUCUACCCAAAGGAAUAACUGGUAAUGUUGAUGCAGACAUGGAAAUUGAAGGUGAUGGUGGAAAAUUCAAGAUGCCCCAUAUCAAAAUGCCUGAUAUUGAUUUAUCGUUGCCCAAAGGAAAAAGUGGAAAUAUCGAAGGGCCAGAUGCAGGCGUUAAAGGAGAAGGGGGAAGACUCAAAAUGCCAACAGUUAACUUAUCGCUUCCUAAGGGAAAAUCUAUGGAUAUCAGUGAAGAGAUAGAGCUGGAGGGUAAGGGAGGGAAAUUCAAGCUGCCUCAUGUGAAAAUACCUCACCUGGACAUAGCUCUCCCUAAAGGAAAGCAUGGUGAGAUUGAAGGUCCAGAGGUGGAAAUUGAAGGAAAAGACGGAACAUUCAAGAUGCCUCAUGUGAAGAUGCCUACAGUUGAUUUAUCGCUUUCUAAAGGAAAAACUGGAGAGAUUGAAGGUCAAGAGAUUGAAGUAGAUAGUGGAAGAUUCAAAAUGCCUGGAAUCAAACUGCCAAAUGUUGACAUAUCUCUUCCUAAAGGAAAAACUGGAGAUGUUGACGUUAAAAUGGAGAUGGAGGGUAAAGGAGGGAAAUUCAAGAUGCCUCAUGUGAAAAUGCCAAAUGUUGAUAUUUCUCUGCCAAGAGGAAAAGCUGGGGAAAUAGAAGGCCCAGAGAUGGAAAUUGAAGGAAAAGGAGGCAAAUUCAAGCUGCCUCAUGUGAAAAUGCCACAUGUGGAUAUUUCUCUGCCUAAAGGAAAGCAUGGUGAGAUUGAAGGUCCAAAGAUUGAAAUUGAAGGAGAGGCUGGGAAAUAUAAAACGCCUGGAUUAAAACUUCCAAAUGUAGAUAUAUCUCUUCCAAAAGGAAAAUCUGGAGACGUUGAUGCAGAGAUGGAGAUAGAGAGGAAAGGAGGUCAUUUCAAUAUGCCUAAUGUGAAAAUGCCAAAUGUUGAUUUUUCUUUGCCUCGAGGACAAACUGGGGACAUUGACGGCCCUGAGAUGAAAAUUGAAGGAAAAGGAGGAAAAUUCAAGAUGCCUCAUGUCAAAAUGCCUACAGUUGAUUUUUCACUUUCUAAAGGAAAUACUGCUGAGAUUAAAGGUCCAGAAAUGGAAAUUGAGGGAGAUGGUGGAAAGUUCAAAAUGCCUGAAAUCAAACUUCCAAAUGUAGACAUUUCUCUUCCUAAAGGAAAGUCUGGAGAUGUUGAUGCAGAGAUUGCGAUGGAGGGUAAGGGAGGGAAAUUCAAGAUGCCUCAUGUGAAAAUGCCAAGUGUCGAUAUCUCUCUACAGAAAGGGAAAACUGCAGAAAGGCCAGAUAUGCAGGUGAAAGGAGAAGGUGGUAAAUGUAAAAUGCCAGUUGCAGUUGACGUAUCCCUCCCUAAAGGGAAAUCUGGAAUGAUCAGUUCGCCUGAGUUGGAAAUAGAGGGAGAUGGUGGGCGAUUUAAAAUGCCUGGUUUCAAGCUACCCACGAUGGAUGUAUCAAUGUCGAAGGGCAAGUCAGGUAAAUAUGAUUCAGAUAUCAAACAACCAAGUAUUAAAGGAGAGGGGAGCAUUACAGUGCCAAAGAUCAUGACCCCAGAUCUUGACUUGGAAGGGAGUGUUGGGGAACCCAAAUAUGGAGGUGAGGCCCAUGUGGAAAUGCCAGAUGAACAUGCAGAACAUGAACACAGGGGCCUGAAACUGAAGAUGCCAGUGUUGGACAUUGCAGGUCCGAAAGGAGGUGUAGAGCUGGAUUUAGGCUUGCACAGAGGAGAGGAAAAAAAGGACAGAAAGAGAAUAGAGCUGCCUGACUUGGAACUCAGCACCCCUGCUGCCAGCAGCAAAGUCAAAGGUCCCAAAAUGAAAGGCUCAAAAUUCAAAAUCGGCAUGCCAAAGAUGAAGAAUAUCGACCCGGUAGUAGACGUGCCUGUAAAGAAACCUGGGAAAGAAAAUGAAGGGAUCAGUGGCCAAUUCAAAAUCAAAAAGACCAAGCUGAAAGGUGACAUUCCUGAGGCAGAAGUCAGCGGCUCAGUACUACCAAACAUCUCCCUACCCGAUGCAACUUUCACAGGUCCCAAUGUAUCCCCCGGCCACAUUGAGGGCCCAGAUGUCAAUACCAAAAUCAAACACACGGAUGUUGAAAUCUCAGCUCCUUCAAAAUCAGGACAAGGAGGGGGCUGGGUCGACAAUGAAUGCCAAGACGGUAAAGGGAAUAUUAAGAUUCAGAUGCCAAAGGUCACUUUGCCCACAAUGGGCAUGAAGACCAAAUCAGGCCAAGCUGAGGCUGCAAGUCCAGAGUCAAAAAACAGCUUCUCACUACCAACUCCACCGCAGGUUCCUAGGAUACCAGAGAUAGACUUCGAUAUUGGAUCUUCCCUGGAUGACGAUGAGCAAAAAGAUAUGGCGAAGGGCAAGAAGAUCAAAAUACCCAAAUUUGGAGUGCCUUUGCCCUCUAUCUCCUCUCCUGAAGGUAGGCUACAUAUGUAUGGGCCAGAUGUUGAGUAUGAAGGUCCUAAAAUCCCCAAAGUCAAGAAGGCUGUGUUUGUCCUGGUGAACCCCCAAGCAGACCAGUCUAUGUCCACCAGUUUCUCUGGGGCUGAGGCUCAGGUGGAGACGGAAGAUGCCAAAAUCACGAUGCCACAAAUCAAAAUCAAGCAAAGCUAUGGAAAAUCGGGAUUGGAGAAUGAAGCAGCUCUGAGCACAGAGGGAGACGCAGAAGGAGAAGAGAAAUCCAAAGGAGCGAAGAUCAAAAUGCCCAAAGUUUCCUUCUCUCAUGGAAAGACAGAUUCAUUUGUCAAAGAUGAGGGCUCAAGUUCAGGCUUCAAUGGUGAGAAAGACCCUUCCUUCCACAAUGGAUCCAAGGAUGAUAAAGCCAAACCAGUAAAAAUCAAGCUCCCAAAAGUCGAGUUCACUUCCCCAUACGCAAAAACAGGAAGUGAACAGGAGGAUGCAGACAUGAGCACCAGGCUGGUGACAGAGCUCUCGGGAGGAGACGCAGAGAGCAAGGGUGUGAAAGUGAAGUCGGGGAAGAUGAGCUUCCCUGGGUUUAAGAUGACGACUGAGACAAGAGUGGAGGAGGAAGAAAGGGGCAACGUGGUGUGGUCACUGGCCCGGACAGAGAUGCUGGAGCGGGAAAACUCAGAGUCCCCUACUGGACUCACCUUCGGAGGGCCCUCCUGUUCUUUGCAGGUGGAGGCCGAAAGUGAAGAGAUGGAGCAUGAAGUGACGAAAAGCUCCACCUGUUUCAAGGUGCCCAAAUUCCACCUCAAGCCUCAUUCUACAGGAUUCCUUGACAUCACUCCUGAGGGUUCUCCUAAGACGAGCAGAACCUCGCUGCAGGUCGAGGGUCUGGAAGGGGAGACAGCUGGAACGUUCCGUCUGCAGACAUCCGGGAUCGGGUUCUCCACUCAGGAGGUGUCUGAGGAACAUCACAUGACCACGUCAAGUGAAGGAACCGUCACAAUGGUGACCAAGACCACCAAGCACACAGUUACAGAGACCAGGAAGGGGGGAAGCCACACCACAGUGAAACAGUACCAGUACUAGACACAUACACCACUCAUUUGCAGUAGCUGCAACUACAGAAGUUUGAGAAGAUCAAUGUUUUAUCCCUCUUUAUUUUUUUCAUUUUACAUGUGACCAUUGUUUUUGUAAUUGUUCCUCUGAGUUUGUUGGUAAUAUAGUAUGGAAUCUUUGAUGAUGGUUUUACUGGCUUCAAUCUGAAUGUAAUCAUCAUUGUCAAUUCAUUAUUUAUUGUUGUUUAUAACUGAUAGGUCUCAUAAAAGUAGUUAUGAGAAUAAUUUAACAUUCAUUAUUCAUAUUCACGGUAAGAGCUAUUUACACCAAAGAAAUAUUUCUGUAAAUACAUUUAUAUUGUGGCUUAUUACAUCUUUAGCCCUCCUUGAAACUAUGUAAUUAUUUUCAUAUUAGCACCCAUAGGAAUAGAAAGUAUUUCUGUUUGGUGAUUUGUGUCUAUUUUCUGCUAGGCUUGAAUGAUGAAGUGAGGUUGAAGAUUUAACUAAUAACUUUUUCUCUGCUUGUUUUUAUUUCUGUUCAUUAUAUACGUCUUUUUUUUAUCACAAUCCACAAAUAAUUCAACAGACACAUUUUGUCAGCUGCUGCAAUGUCAGAGGUCAAACCCUACAGUAGAGGCUAUCACCUCACAUUAUGUAAAGCCAUGGUAUACAAAAACUGAGCACGUUCACUUUUAUAAAAAGGUUUGUUUCAAAAUUAGAUGCAAAGAAAAAUAAUCAGACAAUAAUAGAUGUUGUGUUCUUCACACUUUACUAGAAGCAUCUCAUUUGUGAGACCUUAUUUAGUUUUUUUGUUCUUUUGAUGGGUUGAAUUGAGUGCUAAACUGCAAUGUUUCCAAAAUCAUCUGUCAAGUCAAAACAAGUUUACAGUUUUCACUAACAAUAUUGACAUAACCGUAGAGGACAGAGUAGGCCUAUAUUACAGAACUAGAAUGAGGGCACGCCCACAGCACAAUUAGAUGCACGCAGUGUAACAUUAAAUAUAUAUGUAUAGAGAUUUUAUGAAAAAAAACCUUUCUGGAUUUAGCCUCUUUCAAAUAUUUCUUUUUCAGCGCAUUAGGCUUCACCAGCGGCAUUAGAGAACAUGUUGUUCAAUUGAUCAUAUUAAUAAACUGCUUAUUCAUAAGAAAAAGUAA